CCACGCCUCGAAGGACCCGAACGGGCCAAGAUGGCGGCGCCCUCGUCCAGCACCGGGGAGUUUGAAAGCUGGCUAAAUGAGCGGCUGGAAUCGCUCGAAGUGGACCGGGAGGUGUAUGGAGCGUAUAUUUUAGGGGUCCUGCAGGAAGAGGAGAGCGACGAGGAGAAGGAGGACGCUCUGCAGGGCAUUUUAUCCGCUUUUCUGGAGGAGGACAUUACGGAAGACAUUUGCAAAGAGAUCAUAAAACAGUGGACAGACUUCUGCAGCCGAAACUCAACAAAACAAGAUGGAGAAGACGUGGAGGUGCAGGCCAUCGCCAGCCUCAUAGAAAAACAGGCUCAAAUCGUGGUGAAACAAAAGGAGGUUUCUGAAGAGUCCAAAAAGAGGAAAGAAGCUCUGCUGGCCCAGUACGCCAAUGUGACCGACGAAGAGGAUGAAGGGGAAGAGGAGGAGGCAGCCAGUGCAAACCCAAAUCCUUGCAGUGAGAAAUCCUUGUUCAGAAACACCAACGUGGAGGAGGUACUGAACCGACAGAAGCAGAAGAGAGACCAGGCUCGUGAGGACGCGCAGAAGAAGAAGGAAACGGACAAAAUGCAACGAGAGAAGGACAAACUGGCCAAGCAAGACCGCAAAGAGAAGGAGAAGAAACGCACACAGAAGGGAGAACGCAAGAGAUAAAGCCAACAAAAUGGACACUUUCAAUGUGGGAAGAUUUUGUUACCAAAUCUGAAAAUAAAAACAAAGCUCUUUUUAAAA